AUGGCGUUGUCUGGACAUGUUCUACGUGUCGCCGCGGACACGUGGCUGCCUUACGUUUCCUUUCCAGUCGAAGCCGAGGCUGAUCCUUCCUUGCUGUCAGGGGCGGCGUUCGAGAUCUUCAGGAUCAUCACGACUAAACUAAAUGUUUCGUUCAAGUUGGUGCGAUCGGUGGACGGCUACUGGGGGUCUCCCGUAGGCAAUGGGUCCUUCAACGGUAUGGUGGGCCAGGUUCUCAGAGGCGAAGUUGACAUGGCGCUGGGUCCUUUCAUCCAGACCCACGAGCGUCAGCAGGUGGCCGACUUCUCUGAGGUUCUCAUCACUGACAGCUUCGGCAUCUUCCUGCCCAGGCCUGGCAUAGAGAAGAAUCUCGCCAACUUCUUGAAGCCGCUCUCAGUGGAAGAAGACAGCUCUGUUGUCCUGACAGUUGGGAACGCAAAACCUCAGUACCCUGGAGUUGACCGGAUUUUGCGAGUCAUAUGUAAUCAAGGAACGACCUGGAAGUGUGAAAAUUUGAGCGGACGCUUGCUGCUGGGUGUGUGGCUGUUCGCCAGCCUGGUGCUGAGCACCGUCUACUGCGGCUCCCUAACCUCACAGCUCGCCGUACCCGUAGUCCGCGUGCCCGUCGACUCCCUGGAAGAUCUCGUCAAAAGCAACAUGCAAUUUGCCACGGAAGCCAACAGCGCCAUAGACCAGAUGCUCACUGCAGCAACUUCAGGAGUGAUGAAAGAAAUAGCUGACCGCAUGAGCAGGGUUAGUUCUUGUUACUACUCUCGCUUCGACAUCAAGAGUGGCAAACUGGCCGUGCUGUGUGACUUCAUCAGCAUGAAGAAGGUGACGAGUGAAGAGUUCAGCACGAACGCGACGUGCAGCUACUACAUCGCCCGAGAGAGGAUGUCUGGAGGCUCGCUUUCGUUUCUCUUCCCAAAGAAGAGUUUCUACAAGCCCUUGUUCGACCACCAGUAA